GCAAUCCGAUCGCUCUCAAUCAAUGAGAACAUUUUUAUCACCCUGAAAAGAAACCUGUACCCCCAUGAUCUUGAUUACUGAGCUGGAAAUCAUUUUAAGUCUUGAAAUCAGGAAAGACACUGCUGAUCCUGUAACAUGGAGGAUUGCCUUCAUACCUCAUCUGAGAAUCUAUCCAAAUUGGUCAGCUGGGCCCACAGCCAUGGAACCAUUUGCAGCCUCAUUCCAAACCUGAAACACUUACUUUCAGAAGGUUCCCAUGGGAACCUGACGGCAAUGUGGGGCUGUAGUGCAGGCCACGCUUAUCACUGGCCACUGACAGCUACUUGCAGAGCUGGCUCCCAAGAAAGGGUCUGUUUCCAGGAUAACAGAAGUUUUAACUCUGAUAGUCCAAGUAUAAUUGGCGUGCCCUCUGAGACUCAAACUAGCCCAGUUGAAAGGUACCCUGGGAGACCAGUGAAAGCGAAGCUAGACUGUAAUCGGACCAGAGACUCCUGUGACUUCUCUUAUUGCAGUGAGCCCUCUGAACUGGAUGAGGCGGUUGAAGAGUAUGAAGAUGAAAAUACUCUGUUUGACAUGGUUUGUGAGUCCUCUGUGACGGAUGAAGAUAGUGACUUUGAACCCCAACCGCAGAGGCCUCAAAGCAUUGCGCGAAAAAGGCCUGGAAUAGUCCCAUCUUCUCUCCAUUCGAGCUCCCAGACUCAAAUGAUUGAUGAAUGCAGCAGUGAUGUCAUCAUUAAGAAGAUCAAACAAGAGAUUCCCGAAGAUUACUACAUUGUGGCAAAUGCAGAGCUGACUGGAGGGGUAGAUGGGCCAGCCCUGUCAUUGACACAGAUGGCAAAACCCAAGUCUCAGGCUCAUGCUGGGCCCUCCUUAGGGUCUGCUAAGCUGAUUUCCCACGUAACAUCCGCCAUCAGCACAGAGCUGGACCCACAUGGUGUGUCUGCAUCCCCCUCUGUGAUGUCUAGACCAGUCGUCCAGAAGACCACCAGGGUAUCUCUGGCUUCACCUAACAGGGGACCCCCUGGUGCCCAUGGCACCAGCCAGCACGUGGCCAUGCAGAUGCCCGUGAGCACAUCCCAUCCUAACAAACAGAUCAGCAUCCCUUUGUCUGCCCUGCAGCUGCCGGGACAGGAUGAACAAGUUGCUUCCGAAGAGUUCCUGUCCCAUCUGCCCAGCCAGGUCUCUUCCUGUGAGGUGGCCCUUUCUCCCUCAGUUAACACAGAGCCAGAAGUGAGCUCCAGUCAGCAGCAGCCCCCAGUCGCUCCAACCAUAACCACCGAGGCCACGGCACAGUGCAUACCAGCCUAUUCUACUAAGCUCAACAAAUUUCCUGUAUUUAAUAUUAAUGAUGACUUGAAUGAUCUAUGUACCAGUGCAGUAAGCCCAAACACGACCAAAGCCACGCGGUAUGCCCUGAAUGUGUGGCGAUAUUGGUGCAUGACCAAUGGGCUCAAAGAUCACACAGACAUCACCAAGGAUCUCAUUUUGCCCAAUGGCGGUACUCCAGCAGGCACCGCGAGUCCAGCUUCUUCAUCUUCCCUUCUCAACAGACUUCAGCUUGAUGAUGACAUGGAUGGUGAGACCAGAGACCUCUUUGUCACGGUUGAUGACCCUAAGAAGCAUGUCUGUACAAUGGAGACCUACAUCACGUACAGGAUCACCACCAAAAGUACUCGGGUGGAGUUUGACCUGCCAGAAUAUUCUGUCCGUCGAAGAUACCAGGAUUUCGACUGGUUGAGGAACAAACUGGAAGAAUCCCAGCCCACUCAUCUCAUUCCCCCACUUCCUGAGAAGUUUGUGGUGAAAGGUGUUGUGGAUCGAUUUUCAGAAGAGUUUGUGGAGACCAGAAGAAAAGCUUUGGAUAAAUUCCUGAAAAGAAUUACAGAUCACCCUGUGCUCUCCUUCAAUGAACACUUUAAUGUUUUCCUUACUGCCAAGGACCUGAACGCCCACAAGAAGCAAGGGAUGGCAUUGCUGACUCGAGUGGGCGAGUCGGUCAAGCAUGUCGCUGGCGGCUACAAGCUGAGAAAUCGGCCUCUUGAAUUCGCAGCCAUCGGCGAGUACUUAGACACGUUUGCGCUCAAGCUGGGAACCAUCGAUCGAAUAGCCCAGCGGAUCAUCAAGGAAGAAAUAGAGUACCUUGUAGAGCUGAGAGAAUACGGGCCCGUGUACUCCACAUGGAGCGCCCUAGAGGCGGAGCUGGCCGAGCCCCUGGAGGGUGUGUCAGCCUGCAUCGGCAACUGCUCUACAGCCUUGGAGGAACUGACCGAUGACAUGACAGAGGACUUUCUACCUGUGCUCAGGGAAUAUAUUUUAUACUCUGACUCCAUGAAGAGCGUGCUGAAGAAGAGGGACCAAGUGCAAGCCGAGUAUGAAGCCAAACUGGAAGCUGUGGCUCUGAGGAAGGAAGAGCGGCCCAAGGUCCCAGCAGAUGUGGAGAAGUGUCAGGAUCGGAUGGAGUGUUUCAACGCUGAUCUGAAAGCCGACAUGGAGAGGUGGCAGAACAACAAGAGACAGGACUUUCGGCAGCUGCUCAUGGGAAUGGCCGACAAGAACAUCCAGUAUUACGAGAAGUGCCUCAUGGCGUGGGAGUCGAUCAUCCCGCUACUGCAGGAGAAGCAAGAGGCCAAGUAAGCUCCUUCUCGGACCGAGACUCUCCUACCUGCGCAGGGCCUGGCCGCCGCCCCGGAACGUCCCUGCGGUGCCAGACACGCGGCAGCGAGAAAACAGCCGCAGCAGCAUCUCUCCUCGGUGUCCUCCUUCCCCUCCCCCUCCCCCGCCUCUGUCUGACAGUUGCUUUCCAUGAGUAUUUAUUCCUUGGUGGAGUCCGUAAAGGGCUGUCGUCAUCUCUCGGCGGAAGAAGCGUGCCUCCGUGGUGUGAAGGAACCUGCUCGGUGGGACACUAUGAAGAUUUGAAACUGGGGCACAUCAGCCCUCAGCUGACGUUCUGACAUCUCUUUACAGUCCCCCCUCUGGGGCCAGCAGAGUUGCCUGCUGAGGAGGAGAGCCGGGUCCUGCUCCGCAAGGCCGUGGGGAAGGCAUGAGCAGGAGGCGGCGCUUGCUUUCUGUGGACGCCCGGCCGCUCUGACAUUGGCCUCCACGGGCCUUGACUCAUCUCGGCCUGGAAGGUGGUGUCGGCGCCUCCAGGAAGAGCCCUUAAUGUACAGUGGUCUGUGUGGCUCUGAGUGUGGCCUGCUGCCUGCCCGUCACGAGUGACACCUGUGUUACGGUUUCCGGUUCGUGUGGGACCGCUUAAAUCGGUGUCUUGGUGCAUCCACGCUAGAGCCAGCCAGCCAGCGUCCUUGUCCUUAUGCCGAUGCCUUGAGAAGUGGAGGGAGCAGUGUUCCCCAAACUCGUUUUCUGACACUAAAAUGUAGUAGGUUGGGAACUGUUUUACGUAAAAUGAAAAAAAAAGGGUGCAUUUUUCUCUGUGACGUUCUUCACCGUUCUUUUGGUUGUUAAAUGGCAUCAGGGUAGAGAGACAGGCCUGAGAGGGGUCAUCUGUUGUCUUGAAGUCGGAAUAACUCUGAGUUGUUGAGAGUUGCUGAGGUCAGCGGGCGUAUACCAAGCCCCACCUCCCGUGUCCACUUUGUGCAAUUUGCCUUUACCUCACCAAAAAUUGCUAGUUUAGUGUUUCCUCCUCUGUCCACUGAACGUUUGGGCAAGCUCUGGGGGAGAGGCUGGUGUGUUCUUAGGAUACAGUGAAGGUUUGUAAACUCUAGUGUGAAUGAAUGCUCCACAUGAAGUGCUUUAACUUUGCUGUUUCCUAGUCAGAAAGAAGAGCCCGCAUCCAGAUGGGCCUCGAAGAUGACAUGUGUGACGGCAAACUCUUUGCUUCUAGUUAAGCUCACAUCUCCUCCUGGCUCAUUUGAAGCCUUCAUUUCAGAUUCUUAACAGGUUUCCUUUUCCAGUGUGUCAACACAAAAUAGACAAAAAGGAUCUCUUCCUCCAGCUUAUUAUCUUUCCCCUCUUGAAGUGAAA